AUGUGGCCGCUAUGGCUGACCUCAUGGCUGUCCGUCUUCCCACCAACUCAUUCUCUAUUCCCGGGAGCGAUUCCGGAUGAGGGUGACGUCCGACACCUCUAUCCAGUUACACAAAUUGUCAUAGGGCUUGAUAAACAUGCUCACGUUGUACCGUAUCUUUUGGGAUGGCUUGAGAACAUAGAUUAUCCGAAAAAUAGGCUUCGUAUUACGUUUUAUUUACUCGACAGAGAGGACCCAACUGGGGACCAGGUGUCCUGGUGGAAAGAAUCUAUGUCGUCAUUGUUUGCUUCCAUAGCCAUUGUCGAAGGUGAGGCGAAUUGGCUGGAAGCAGGAUUGAGGUCAGCACGGCUACGGAGAACCAGUCGGGUUCUUCUGACGACUGGUAAUACCCUCCCAAUGAGAAGCCGACUGCUAAAGGAUUUAAAUUCAACAGCCGUUGUGAUAAGUGCAUUAUUUGAUGCGGCAUCCACAGACGGAGUCACUAACUUCGAUGAAGUCGAAGAUGAUUAUCGCGAAAGAAAUGUGGUGGAAAGAGUGAAGAUAGAUCAAGCGGUUCUACCAAUGUUUGUGAAUAUUGAUCGCAUGGAUGCAUCCUACCUCACCUUUGAUGCGGACAAUCUUUCACACUAUGAAGGCAGCAGUGAUCCAUUGGAGGUUUUUGCUGAAUCGGCACGCAGAAUGGGUGUUGAACUGUGGAUCGACAAUCUUAAGCAUCACGGUUUCUACAUCGAUGAAUCCUUGGAGGCAGAUGCUCGUCGUCGGGCACUUCGUUACCUGCUCGCUGAUCUCGUUGCGGAUGAUCAAAAUCUUCCCAUACCCUCGCAGACAGUACGACCUUGGGUACCAGAACCGCACCGCUGGGAUGUAGACAAGAUCUAUAUGAUCAAUUUGAAUCGUCGGCCAGAGAGAAGAGCAAAAAUGGAGAAAAUUUUUCAAAUUUUGGGAGUCGACGCCACACACUGGGAAGCAACCGAUGGUCAAGAUUUGCCUGAUAAUUUCGUAUAUGAACUUCUUCCGGGAUACCUCGAUCCUUUCCACAAUAGACCGAUGAAAGCAGGCGAAAUUGGAUGUUUCUUGAGCCAUUACAGGAUAUGGCAAGAUGUGGUUCGUCUCGGGUUGUCGCGAGUAAUAGUUUUUGAGGAUGAUCUUCGUUUUGCCGACGACGGUCUAGAACGAAUUAGAGAAGUACUUGAAGAUUUGGAUGGGUCGAAAAUGGAGUGGGAUCUCAUCUAUUUAGGGCGCAAGAAGCAGGCCGAUCAGGUAGAGGAAGAGCUAUGGGUCCCGUUGCAUCGACAUCUCAGCACCGUCGGAUAUUCCUACUGGACACUGGGUUACAUCCUCUCAAACGAAGGUGCUCAUCGACUGAUUGAUGCGAAACCGUUGGAAGUGUUGCUACCGGUCGAUGAGUACUUGCCGAUAAUGUUUGACAAACACCCUAAUAAAGUGUGGUCAUCUUAUUUUCCAAAUCGAAACUUGCGAGCGUUCACAAUUUAUCCUCUAGCAGUAUUUCCACAGCGGUAUACACAUGAAGAAGGAUAUGUUAGCGACACAGAAGAUUCGGCAAUAGUAGUGGAGGAAGUACACGAACCGAAGAAACCGGACAAGGAUGAGCUGUAUUCGCUUCUAUAUGGAAAUAUCGGGCGAGUCACGAAUCGUGUGACUGCUGGAACGAAACGCUCUGAGUCUGCCAGGCAGUCUCCACCAGAGAUGGGCUGUGUAUGGUCCAGUGCAGAUCUUGUAGGCGGUGGAUAUCGUAUUAAAAUCAUUAAGAAAAUCGCUGAAGGUGGAUUCAGUCAGGUGCUUCUCUGCACGGAUAUAGAUAGCGGGGAACAUUUUGCUGUGAAGAAAAUCUCUAAACAUUCACGGGAGAGCGAAGAACGAAUAGCUAUUGAGAUCUCUAUUCAUCGCCAAUUGUUAGAUGUAAGAAAUGUUGUUCCGUUGCUAGCGGCUAUUACGACGGACCAUAUCACUUACCUUGUGUUCCCUUUUUGUAAGAAGGGUUCCAUUGGUGAUGAUCUGCUUCGAAGACGCUCAUCGAAUGAUCAUCUCGGUCAGGAACAGGUGGUCUGCAUCUUUCAUGGGUUAUGUUCAGCUGUUCGUGCAGUGCACAGACUUGGUUAUGUUCAUAGAGAUCUAAAGGUUGCCAACGUACUGCGAGCAGACGACGGCACACCUUUGCUGACCGACUUUGGAUCGGCAGCGAGAGUUCCUAUAAGGAUAGAUAACGCACGUGAUCAACAACAUGUCAUCGACGAAGCGGCUGAGUUGUGUUCGAUGCCAUAUCGUGCUCCGGAGCUGUUCGACUGUCAUAUUGGUACCGUAAUAACGGAAGCGGCCGAUCUUUGGUCCCUUGGUUGCUGCCUUUACGCGCUCUGCUAUUUUGUAUCCCCUUUCGACCUCGUCUAUGAAAAGGGAAAUAGUGUUGCGUUAGCGGCGCAAAGUCCCGAGAAGAUACAGUAUCCAGAUACAGGACUGUACAACAACCGGUUAUUAAGCGUAAUGCAACGAUUACUCGUUGUGGAUCCCAGCCAACGAAUGCCUUUAGAUGACGUCCUUUCUGUGAUGACGUCAUUAGAAAAGGGGAAUUCAGACCGUUCUGAUAAUAGCAAGAUUGUAUAG